UGACUUGUUUUUUGUCAUUUACCAACACAGCUGGAACUAUUUUUGUUAUUUCCACGAAUAUUUUGCAUUUUGGCUAAAAUUCACUAUCAUUGGCCAUAAUCUGACACAAAACGAUGGAACUGCUGCCACUUAUAGCCCUGCUCAGUCUCAUCAACACGAUCCUGCCAGAUUUCAUACGCAACUACGCGAAGGUGUCGCGUUUUUGGAAGACCAGCAAAGCGCACACACGGCAGUGGCAAUCCGAGAUAGAUGCUGCCCGCGAGGAGCUGGACAAUGUGCGCAAUGCCGAGCAUGCGGGGGAGUACGCCAAGGCCAUAAAAAUUAUGCGAGCAGAGCGGAAAGUCGCCGAUGCAGAGACCAAACUGAAGUCGGCCAAGAACAUGGACGCCUUUAAGGAGAUGGGCAUCGAUACGGUGGCAUAUUACGUGUCCAAAGUACUGUUGGCCCUGAUCCUGAUCGUUGUCAGCAUCCUGAAUCGCAGCACACCGGUGAUAGUCAUCGACCUGGGCAUCAGCCUGGCGCCCUUCACCGGCCUACUGAGUUUUCCCACUGGAGUGUACAAUGCCGUUUCUGUGCCCGUCUGGGCGUUCUCCUGCAAUGUCACCUUUCGCUUGAUCUACGAUAUGAUAAUGAAGCGCGAUGCGUGAGUGGAGUGGAUGCCGUGGAACCAAAACUAUGCGUUUAAAUGCAAUUGAUAUAUAGAUAUAGCUCUUAGAUGGCGCUCGAUACAUUAAAUUUUUAUGUUAUGCUUGGCAAACGCUUCGUUAAGGCCACGAUUUUAACCUUAUAACUCUGUAAUAAAAAUAUUUUCACAUA